UGCGCGCGGUCCGCUGUGGCGCGUGUGCGCUCGGCUGGGGGAGGCUGAGCCGGGCAGGAAGCGGGCCCGCCAUUUUCCCGAGGAGCUGCAGUCCAUUUAAACCCGGCAGGGGGAGGCGGUGGGAAAGUGGACGGAGCUCGCCGGGAGCCGAAAGGAAGCGAGAAAGAAGAGCAGCGAACGCGAGAGGAAGAGUGAGUCGCACGGGCGAAGGGGGAGAGCCGCGAGGCAAAGGCAGAGCAGAGAGCGGUUGGUGUGUUGUGGCUGUGGAGUAACGCGGCUCUCAGCUGUUCGCCGUCCGGCCCGGGUGAGGUGGCAGAACCGUGGGAGCGACGUGACUGAAUUCUGCUGGGUUUCGAGGCACCGUGUCGUGGUCGGAGUCUGCAGGAUGUCGGGCCAGAGCAUCACAGACCGGAUAACCGCCGCGCAGCACAGCGUCACCGGCUCGGCCAUAAGCAAAACGGUGUGCAAGGCGACCACGCACGAAGUCAUGGGGCCGAAAAAGAAGCACUUGGACUACCUGAUACAGUGCACCAAUGAGAUGAACGUCAACAUCCCUCAGCUGGCCGACACACUGUUUGAGAGGACCGCCAACACCAGCUGGGUGGUGGUCUUCAAAUCCCUCACCGCCACACACCACCUGAUGGUCUAUGGCAAUGAGAGAUUCAUACAAUAUCUGGCUUCAAGGAACACACUUUUCAACCUCAGCAAUUUUUUGGACAAAAGUGGCCUGCAAGGCUAUGACAUGUCGACGUUCAUCAGGCGAUAUAGUCGCUACUUGAAUGAGAAGGCUGUGUCCUACAGACAGGUGGCCUUUGACUUUACUAAAGUGAAACGAGGGUCUGAUGGAGUGAUGCGAACCAUGAGCACAGAGAAGCUCCUCAAGACCAUCCCGAUCAUCCAGAAUCAGAUGGAUGUCCUACUCGACUUUAAUGUCAAUGCCAAUGAACUGACAAACGGGGUGAUCAAUGCGGCCUUCAUGCUUCUGUUCAAAGAUGCCAUCCGACUGUUUGCAGCCUACAAUGAGGGCAUCAUCAACCUGCUCGAGAAGUACUUUGACAUGAAGAAAGCCCAAUGCAAAGAAGGCCUCGACAUCUACAAGAAGUUCCUGACAAGAAUGACAAGAAUUUCCGAGUUCCUCAAAGUUGCAGAGCAAGUGGGGAUUGAUCGGGGGGACAUUCCAGAUCUCUCUCAGGCCCCCAGUAGCCUGCUGGAUGCUCUGGAGCAACACUUGGCCUCACUGGAGGGAAAGAAGGUGAAAGAUUCAACGGCAGCAAGCAGGGCUAGCACACUCUCCAAUGCCGUCUCUUCGUUGGCCAACACCGGCAUUUCUUUCACCAAAGCGGAUGAGAGGGAAAAACAGGCGGCCCUGGAGGAAGAGCAGGCUCGCCUUAAAGCCCUGAAAGAGCAGCGUCUGAAGGAGCUCCAGAAGAAUCCUGCUUCCACAGACACCUCUCCUAUCUCUACCAUCGGAGGACCCAUCAACUUGGCCCCAGCCAUCGACCUCUUCUCUUCCCCCAGCUCCAAUAACGGCCCUUCCAAGGCAGCCAACGACCUGCUAGACCUUCAGCCAGCUUUCCAGCAGGCGAUGCCCCUCUCUACCGGCACACCCGCUGGCAGCACAUGGGGAGGGUUUUCAGCCUCCCCCACUACUCAGCAGCCACAGAACUCCAGAGGCCUUAACGUCGACUUCGACUCCGUGUUUGGCAACAAUACCAAUGCCAAUAAUGUGGACUUAACUGAUGAUAUUGUAGGUGGCCUCCUCAAACCCACAGUGGCCUCCUCACCCAAUCAGGGCCUUACAACCAACUGCCAACACCCCAGCAAGCUCAUGUCUGAUGACCUGGACUCCUCAUUGGCUAAUCUUGUCGGUAAUUUGGGAAUUGGCAACGGCACGACGAAGAAUGAUCUUCACUGGAGUCAACCAGGUGAGAAGAAGCUGACAGGUGGAAACAACUGGCAACCCAAGACGGCUCCUUCCACCACCUGGAACCCUGCCACUAUGAACGCCAUGAUUUUUCCGCAAUACGCACCAUCUGUCAUGGCCUUCCCUGCAACCACACCAACAGGCAUGAUGGCAUAUACCGUGCCUCCAAAUGUGGGCUCCAUGAUGAUGACCCAGCCCACCAUGAUGUACACCCAGCCAAUGAUGAGGCCAGCCAACCCCUUUGGCCAAGCCUCUGGUGCACAGAUGCAGUUUAUGUAACCUGGGUGGGGGACGGAGUCUCUACCUCCUGAAGAUGAACCACAACAAAAACAAACCAGCAGACCUCCAGUUUGCCAUUAAUGAACGCACCAUCCUCUGAGAAUCGAAGGCCCCGAGCACGGACGGGUUGAACCGGAUCACCAUGUCGGAGGCAUCCGAGCAGACGCUGUGCCACCCGAGUCGUGUCUCGUCACAGGAGGAGGCGAGCGAGCUGCCGUUCAGACCCCCCCGGACAGCAUCGCUCUGCCCCGGCUCCAUCCUGGACGAAGACAGAAAGGAAACACCCGAAGGGAGACGUUUUGACUUGGCUGUUGUGUACCUGAAAAUUUGUCAGCUUAAUGUCGCACACACACACACACACUGCUCAGAUUUAGUUUUUCUUACUCUGCUCCGGGUGAGGCUAGAGGAAUCACCUCCUUUUGAUCAUCAGUCCUCAUGAUCCACCGACACAUCCUCCGAUAGGGGAACGAAGCAAGCUCCUGUUUAUACCAUCACUUUUUAUGUAUGUUUGCAGUAGACAUUCCUCGUAUAUUGUUUGUAUUUAUUUAUAAUUACCCGGAGAGAGGAAGACGUUAAAAAAGGUAAAAGCAUAAGAAGUACAUGUAUCUACUAGUGACAUUGAACUAUCCCUUGUGGGAGGUCUUCAGGUUUAUGCAUACGUGACUGACUGUAGAAUUGGAUUUUUGAGUGAUUGAGAUUUUAGAAAAAAGAAGAAAAAAGCUAAUAUAAAGAUGAAUGAAAUACCACAUUUUGCUGUUGGGGCAUUAAAUAUUUUCUGUACUCGCAUGUUGCCUUGUACAGUUGCGUCUCAAGUCAAAAAAGGUUGUAUGUGGAUGUACAAAAGAGGAAAAAAUCAUGCGCUCACUUUGUUUUGUGAGUUGGAUUUGUGUCGGUUUGGCAAGGGAAGGAAGGAAGGAAGGAAGGAAGGAAGGAAGGAAGGAAGGAAGGAAGGAAGGAAGGCGUCCACAUCAGCGGCAGCAGCAGCAGCGCCGCACUUUGACUGAGGCAGCGUUGCAUCGCAAAGGAAUCUGCAUUUAUGCUUUUUACGCUUUUGGCAUGCCAUUUAUUCUUCCAUGUAACAAAGCUACUGGCUGGCUGCCCCCCUUCAGCCUGGCUGUAUGGGGGUCUCUACUGGCUGUAUGGGGGUCUCUACUGGCUGUAUGGGGGUCUC